GGAGGUGCUGGGGAAAGGUGGAGACUAAAAGAGGAGAGAAGAUGUGGUUCGGAUCACUCAUCUGGUGUCACCUUUACAGAAGUCCUUUUCUGUUCAACAGAAGAAAACAAUAAUAACUUGUUUUCACUUCUUUUAAAGAGCCACAACAGUUGUAGGAGAAAUAAAUGUUUGAUGCUGCCAGCGGAUGAGACAGACGAGGAAAUGAGAACGAGACUGGAAGACGAUUAAAGCCAUCAUGCUGAAACGGUGGCUGUUGUCCCUGAUGGCCCGAUUCAGCCUCAUCAUGCUGGGCCUCGGCUGCUGCCUGCUGCUGUUUUACCUCCUGGCCUGUAAACCCGCCUCCCAAAGCAGACAGCAGGCUCUGCUGUGGCCUGGAGGUGCCACCAGUAAGGAGGGCUACAUGGCCCUGCUGCAGGAGAGGGAGGACUCUCACAGACAUUACAUUAACAGUCUGACCAAGCAGAUAGCCGAGCUGAAGGAGGCCGUCCAGGAGAGGACGCAGCAGCUCCAUGAAUCUUUGGAGACGGCUAAAACUAAAGGGAUUCUGCCUCAGGGCCUGGAGAGUCUGCACAAAACCCCAACAGAGUCUGAUCUGAAGGAGUUUCUUCGCUCUCAGCUGAACCAGGCUGAGGUGAACGUGGGUGUGCAGCUGCCUAAUGAAUAUGCACUGAUUCCUUUUGACACUUUCACCCUGCAGACGGUUUACCAGCUGGAAACAGGACUGAGCAGACACCCAGCUGAGAGGCCUGUGAGGAGGGAUCACAGGGAUGAGCUGAUCGGGGCCGUGGAAACGGCUCUGCACGUCCUGAACGGACCCCAGCAGCACGCUGACUCCAGAAGGAAGCAAACAUACUCCCCCUCAGACUUCAUACAGGGGCUGACUCGCACAGAACGGGACAGAGGCAGCGUCUACGAGCUGAUGUUUAAAGGUGACGGCCCUCAGAGCUUCACCCAGCUCGUCCUCUUCAGGCCCUUCGGUCCCGUGAUGAAGGUGAAGAGUGAGAGUGUGAACACACACAGCAUCACCAUCAACGUUAUCGUGCCGCUGUCCAAGAGGGUGGAGGCGUUCAAGCAGUUCAUCAGCAACUUCAGGGAAGUGUGCAUCCGACAGGACGGCAGGGUCCACCUCACUGUGGUCUACUUUGGUCGAGAUCAGAUCGAYCAGGUGAAGGCUGUGCUGGACCAGACCACCAGGGAGACCCGGUUCAGGAGCUUCACUCUGAUCCAGAUGAAUGAGGAGUUUUCUCGAGGCCGAGGCCUGGAAGUGGGCGUCAGGGCUUGGAGGCAACGACAGAACGUCCUGCUCUUCUUCUGCGACGUGGACGUCCACUUCACCGCCGACUUCCUGACGUCCUGUCGUCUGAACACAGAACCUGGAAAGAAAGUGUACUACCCUGUGCUCUUCAGUCAGUACAACCCAUCUGUCAUCUACAGCAAUCAAACACUCCCACCUCCCCUUCAACAGCAACUGGUGAUAAGGAAGGAAAGUGGAUUCUGGAGGGACUUUGGGUUCGGCAUGACCUGCCAGUACAGAUCAGAUUUUAUCAACAUCGGUGGGUUUGACCGCAGCAUUAAAGGCUGGGGUCUGGAGGACGUGCACCUGUACAGGAAGUACCUUCACAGUAAGCUGAUGGUGGUCCGGGCCCCGGCUCGCGGUCUAUUCCACCUGUGGCACCAGAAGAGCUGUGCAGACGAGCUUCCCCCAGACAAAUAUCAGAUGUGCAUGCAGACCAAAGCCAUGAGCGAAGCCUCACACGGCCAGCUGGGGGCGCUCUUCUUCAAACAGGAGAUUGAAAAUCACCUGAACUCCCAGAAACAGAAGAGUGAGCAGAUCUGAUGAGGACUGARGAGUUUAGGGUUCAGGUUACAUGAAUUGUUUUAUGAUUUAGACUUUGAUUUUUGUCACAGAAGAAAAAUGUUUUUGUUUUUGGGCACGAAAAAAAUGUCCUGAUGUGAAAACAACUUUUUAAUUUUGAUGGAAUUCACAUUUAUUUUAUGUUGAAAUUUUUGUUCAGUUUUGUAAGAAUACUUCAAUAAAGCAAUUAUUCUGUGAA